AUUCCUGUUCUUGCUACUUGGUUUUUUUUUUCUAACAUCAAUUCAUUUUCUUUCCUUCUUUAACUCAGAAUCAUAUCUUCUUCUCUAUCUCCAAUAAAGAGAAUACAAGCAAAUCUUUCCUGUCACCGGUGGGUGGGGGAGCCUAUCACUUCUUUCAAUAUGAACCCUAAUACUACUAUUUUACCUAACCUAAGAGCUUAGGAUUUUGAUAGGUUUAGUGUUCUUUUUUGUUUUAAAUCGAUGGAUUCUGGUUCCGGAGCCAACCCGAAUAGCAUCAACGAGGGUUCAUCAUCAGCUACAGCACCGGUGCUGAUGGAUUCACAACAAGGUGGAGCUGGUGAAUUGUCUUCUUCUCCAGCUCAUCCACCGAGUCGCUACGAGUCACAAAAGCGUCGCGACUGGAACACUUUCUUGCAGUACUUGAAGAACCACAAGCCCCCACUGACGCUAUCUCGUUGCAGCGGCGCACACGUAAUCGAGUUCUUGAAAUAUCUUGACCAGUUCGGCAAAACUAAGGUUCACGUAACGGCUUGUCCUUAUUUCGGACAUGCAAACCCGCCCGAUCCUUGUUCUUGUCCACUCAAGCAAGCGUGGGGUAGCCUCGACGCGUUGAUCGGACGGCUGAGAGCUGCUUAUGAAGAAAACGGUGGACGUCGGGAAUCAAACCCUUUUGGGACGAGGGCUGUGAGGAUUUAUUUGAGGGAAGUGAGAGGAGGGCAGGCUAAAGCUAGAGGGAUUCCUUAUGAGAAAAAGAAGCGAAAAAGGCCUACUACUACGGCUGUGUCGGCGGCUUCUGGUACUCAACCACCUGGUGGUGCUGCCGGUGAUGAUAGUUCUGGUGGAACUACGGCUAACGUUGGUACUGUCACCGCUGCUGCUACCACUAAUAGCUUAUAGUUGUUCUCUUAAUUACUAUUUUAUUUUUUAUUUUGUCUUCUAAUAGCUGUUUUAUGUGAUUAUGAUGAGUUAUCACAUGAACUAAGUUUAGUUAGCAAUCUUGUUUAAUCACUUUCGACA